AUGGCGGAGUCUGGUGCGGUUCCCAGCGAUCUUUACCAACGUGUAUACUCAUUUCUCUUAGAAAACAAGUUUACUAAAGCCGCAAAGGAAUUCAUAAAGCAGGCUAAAGUGAAACCCCAGGACGAAAACGAAGAAACCCUUCUUGACAUCUUCAGUUUCUGGGUGAAAUCUCCAGACUCCAAAAAACGUAAAGCAGUAACCAGUGACUCUGAAGCAACUGGUGGUACACCUGCCAAGAAAGCCAAGAAAGAUGAAGAGAGCUCCAGCAGUGAGGAGUCUAGCAGUGACGAAGAUGCUCCUCCUGCAAAGGCAGCUCCUGCAGUAGCUGCACCUCCAGCCAAGAAGCCAGUGGCUGGGAAAGCCAAGUCAAGCAGCAGUGAGGACUCCAGUGACUCUGAGGAUGAGACUGAGACUAAAACCCCUGCGAAGAAACCUGCAACACCAAAACCCGCGGCGAAGGCUCCUCCAGCAGCAGAACGGAAGAAAGACACGAGUUCCAGCAGUGAGGAGUCUGACUCUGAGGAUGAAGCCCCAGCCAAGACUCCAGCUACAGGAGCCAAGGCCAGUACUCCUGCUAAAGCAAGGGUCACUCCUAAAACCCCAGCCCAGCAGAAGCAGGAGAGCAGCAGCAGCAGUGAGGACAGCUCCAGUGAGGAUGAAACUCCAGCUAAGGUAGUGGUCAAAGCUCCAAUCCAGGUGAAGACACCUCCUGUCAAGGCUGCAGCUCCUGCUGAGUCCAGCAGUGAGGAGUCCUCCUCAGAUGAAGAGGAUGCUCCUCCUAGCAAGAAGCCCAAACAAGGCCCGUACAAUGCUGUUCCUCCUCCUCCUGCCACUCCAGUGGCUUUGCCGGCUGCUGCUUCGGCCAAUCACGAAGACUCCUCUGACAGCAGUGAAGACAGUGAUGAUGAUGAUGAAGAGGCAAAGAAAGUGCCUGCCAAAGCAACUCCUGCCAAGGCUGUGACCCCUAAACCUGCAGCCAAGAAAGACUCAUCUAGUUCUGACAGCUCAGACUCAAGCUCAGAUGAAGAGGAGAAACCAGCUGCCAAGACGACGCCAGGAAAGGCUGUGCCAGCUACAGCAACCCCAAGGGCUAAAGCAACACCCGCAAAGACAGCUCCAGCUGAGGAAGACUCUUCAUCCUCCAGCUCUGAGGAUGAGGAAGAGGAGGAAAAGGGGAAACCAGCUGUGAAGGCUACCCCAGCUAAAGCUCCUGCAAAAGCCACUCCUGCAAAGGAGGACUCGUCAUCUUCUAGUUCGGAUGAUGAUGAUGAUGUCGAUGAGGAAGAGGCUAAAAAACCAGCUGCUAAGGCAAUGUCUGCCGCAGCUGUCAAGAAAGCACCUGCCAAGCCAGCAGCAGCUAAAGCUCCUCCAAAACCUGCCACUGCUGCCGCAAAGGAGGACUCUUCGUCCUCCAGCUCUGAGGAUGAGGAAGAGGAGGGAGCAAAGCCCGUGGCAAAGACUACUCCAGCCAAGGCAGCUCCUGCAAAGGUGGCACCAGCCAAGAAAGCUUCCUCGUCAAGCUCGGAGUCUGAUAGCUCAGAGGAUGAAGCACCUCCUAAAACAGGCACCACUGCAAAACCGGCAGCUACCCCCAAGCCCGUCACUACCUCUAAACCUGCCGCUGCCGCCAAACCUGCCGCGAAGGCUGCGUCAAGCAGUUCUGACUCAGACAGCUCCUCUUCAGAUGAAGAGCAACCUCCUCAGAAAGCUGCAGCCAAACCUGCUCCUGUCAAGGCUACACCUCCCGCCAAACCACCUGCUCAGGCAGAGAGCAGCUCAGACUCGGACAGCUCCUCAGAUGAGGAGGAGCAAGCUUCUCAGAAAGCUGCAGCCACAACUGCAGCUAAACCUGCUCCUGUAAAGGCUGCGCCUCCCAUGAAACCUCCUGCUCAAGCAGAGAGCAGCUCAGACUCGGACAGCUCCUCAGAUGAGGAGGAGCAAGCCCCUCAGAAAGCUGCGGCCAAACCUCCUCCUGUAAAGGCUACACCUCCCACUAAACCUACUGCUCAGGCAGAGAGCAGCUCUGACUCAGACAGCUCCUCUUCAGAUGAAGAACAACCUCCUAAGAAAGCUGCGGCCACCACUGCAGCCAAACCUGCUCCUGUCAAGGCCGCGCCUCCUGCUAAGCCGUCUGCUCAGGCGGAGAGCAGCUCAGACUCAGACAGCUCAGACUCGGAGGACGAGACUCCUCCAGUAAAAAAACCCUUGACGGCCGGUGCAGCUAAGAGCCCAGCUCCUGCCACGUUAUCUACCAAAGCACCUGCUCCCGCCAGCAAGCCUGCACCACCAUCCAGCAGCAGUGAGGAGGACAGUUCUAGUGAGGAGGAGGAGGAGGCAGCAAAGGGAGCAGCUACUCCAAAGCCAACUGCAGCCAAGCCCGCCACUGCUGCUCCUAAGUCAGCUGCAGCAAAGAAAGCAGAGAGCAGUAGCUCUGACUCGUCAGACAGCUCUGACUCAGAGACCGAAGCUAAGACUUUGCCCACCAAGCCUGCGGUGACCAAUGGGAAAGCGGCAACUCCUGCCUCAGCACAGAAAACCAUGGCCAAAAAACCAGCGGAGUCUUCGUCCUCCAGCGACGACAGCUCUGAGGAGGAAGAGGAGACCACCAAGACAGUAGUGAAGACGCCGCCUGUGAAAAAGGCCACACCUGCUACGACACCAAAAGCAGAGAGCAGCUCGUCAGACAGUUCAUCUGAAGAAAAGGAGGAUGAGGCGAAGAAGGAAACUCCCAAAACUAAUGGUAAUGAAGCAGAGGAGACAAAAACGCCCAAGAAUAAAAAACCCGUCACUUCCACGCCACACUCUUUUCCUAAGGCUAAGCAGAAGGGGACCACUGCUCCUUUCCGUAGAAUAAGAGAUGAGGAGAUAGAGGUGGAUCCCCGGCUAGCUGAUAACUCAUUUGAUGCAAAGCGGGGAUCCAGGGGAGACUGGGGUGAAAAAGCCAACGACGUUCUCAGAUACACAAAGGGAAAGUCUUUCCGACAUGAAAAGACGAAAAAGAAACGCGGUAGCUACCGAGGAGGCGCCAUCUCCACCACAGUCAACUCCAUAAAGUUUGACAGUGACUGAGACAUGAACUCACACCCUCCAUUUCAGCAUCUCGCUCUCUGUCCUCGCCCAGUGUCAGCUUGAGCUGAAUUCCAUCCCCUACCCACACCACCACCCCCCACCACCACCAUAGAAAAGUUCAUCUUGGAGACCAGUUGUGUCUAGCUGGCUGAGAGUUACUAUUACACUGUAAUCAGCACUGAGUGACAUUUUUCACUCUGCUAGCAAGUGCUCUUCCUGUUUGUGAGCUAACCCCACCUGCUGCCCCUUAUCUGUAGGUACAUGAAAUGGCCAGAAGGUGGCAGCAAUGUAUUGUUCAAGUGGCUCAGUGAUAAUCAGUGAUUGGAUGGGACAACACUUUGAUAACUUUUUAUGUAAAAGGCACGAUGAGCAUACAUUUUUAUUCUCGAGCCCUGUUUUUGUUAUGUAUUUGCAUGGUUUUUUUCAUUGUGGAAAAAGCCAGAAAUGGAUUCGAAUGGUUUCUUGGUUUGAACAUAUCGUGUGAACUGAGAUUUAUACAUUUGAUAUCUCAUCUGAUGUUUUUGUGAGAAGCAUGCAGGGGGUUAAUGUUGUGAAAGGUUCUCUCAGCUAAAUUCUGGUUUCAUUUCUUUCUUUUUUUGUACUUUGGUAAUAUCGUUAAUUAAAUAUAGUCAGUCCUGAUUAAUGUACGUACUGUAUCAUGUUCCAGUCAGAAGCCAUAUAGUUAAGAUUGGCCCCGCCCAUCAGAAUUUGACUGAUGGACCGACUCAGUCACCGUUUGUUCUCUCGCCA